GGCUUGGUGACAUCCCAGCUGAAGGCCAUGCAUGGGUUUCAGGGAGUCAUGCUUUGAAGGGGUUCCCCAAAACUCACAGUCAUUCCACUUCUGUUUCAGAUGAGUUCAACCGAGUAAUCAUUCCAGUGAAGAGAGGUGAAGAGAACACAGACUACGUAAACGCUUCCUUCAUUGACGGUUAUCGCCAGAAGGACUCCUACAUCGCCAGCCAAGGGCCGCUGCAGCACACGAUAGAGGACUUCUGGAGGAUGAUCUGGGAGUGGAAAUCCUGCUCCAUAGUGAUGCUAACGGAGCUGGAGGAGAGAGGCCAGGAGAAGUGUGCCCAGUACUGGCCGUCCGACGGCUCCGUGUCCUACGGAGACAUCACCGUGGAGCUGAAAAAAGAGGAGGAGUGCGAGAGCUAUACGGUGCGGGACCUGCUGGUAACAAACACCAGGGAAAACAAGAGCCGACAGAUUCGGCAGUUUCAUUUCCACGGCUGGCCCGAAGUGGGGAUUCCCGGGGACGGGAAGGGGAUGAUCAACAUCAUCGCGGCGGUGCAGAAGCAGCAGCAACAGUCUGGCAACCACCCCAUCACUGUGCACUGCAGUGCUGGAGCAGGAAGAACGGGCACCUUCUGUGCGCUGAGCACCGUCCUGGAAAGGGUGAAGGCAGAAGGGAUUCUCGACGUCUUUCAGACGGUGAAGAGCUUAAGACUACAGAGGCCGCAUAUGGUGCAGACACUGGAACAGUACGAAUUCUGCUACAAGGUGGUGCAGGAAUACAUCGACGCCUUCUCAGACUACGCCAACUUCAAGUGACGAGCAAACAAAACUCCACACCCCGAAACAAAUGACAGAAGAGUUGCCUUCUUUAAUAUUUUGUAAUAUUCUGUUUGUUAAUAUACCCCCCCAAAAAAUAUGUGUAUAUAUCUUAACUGUUUUAGAGGUUGGUACCAUAAGCUUCAUAUUAGCUGGAGAUUUUAUAUGUAGCAAAGUGUUAGUGCAGAUACUGUUGGCUCCUUUUUUUCCAAUGUUUUAUUGGGGAAUUAAAUAGCGUGAUGUUUGGAUUAAUAUUGUCAUACCAUCUCUCUUCUGGAGAGUUGAUACAGGCUGUUAUUUUGUUUGUAAAUCUUUUUUUUUUUUUUUUUCUUGAGGGAGUAAAGCCUUUUUAAAAAAAAACAAAAACAAAAACAAACAAGAAGAAAUCGGUAUCCUGGAUCUCAUCUGAAAAAAAAAAAAAACCACAAACCAAACCAAACCCCACAAGCACAAGCUUUUCCGAACCUGCAGGGAAAUGGUUUCACAUUUUUCUGCUGGUCAGCUCUUUAAAAAAC